UACCGCUGGUCGCGUGUGGUCACACUACGGUGGCAUACGGUUGUUUUCAUAUGAACUGAAGUGACUGUUUUUAUACGAAGUGCAGAGAAAUGCUUAAAGCUGUUUUUGGACCAAUAUAUUUUAUAUAACGGCUUUGUGACUAACAACCAAACGAAAGGAGGCCGACUCCCCAACCUGACGCCGCCUGAGCGUGGUCGUCCUGCUCUAAACACCUCCCCUCCUCUCCGUGCUCCGCUCCUGGUGCGCGAGCAAUUACAGCAACGUCGUAACGCGAAAAUCGAUUUCGGCUGCGGGCGCAGGCUGAAGCAUCACAGAAAGCAUGACCCACUGCGAUGUGGACUCGGGAAUAGGUAUGACAUCGCCCGGUCAAAUGACGGACGCAGCCGCUCGCAAGGUGCACACAUCCUGGCCGCAGAGACGCUGGCGGAGCAGCAUGCUCGUCCUGGCCGGAGUCGCCCUAUGCGCCUUCGCCAUCACAGGCUGCGACGCCACGGACACGGACAUCGCGCUGGACGCCAAGGCCACGCUGAAUCACCGCAUCCAGAGCUUGGACCUGCUCGUCUUCGUGUUCCUGCUGGCCCUCACGGUCCUCACCAUCUGGCUGUUCAAGCACCAUCGCGUCUCCUGGCUCCACGAGACCGGACUGGCAGUCAUCUACGGCUUGAUUGUAGGAGCCAUUAUACGGUAUGCGGGCACCUCGGCCACCCUUGUCCACAUGCAGGUGGAGCCGCAAGGGGUUCCGACGUACAGCGAUAAGUUGCCGCCCGAUACCCUCUGGUUUCAAUACCCCGUCAACCAAACGAAUGGAACCAAGGUGCCAGAGGGCAUUAAGACAUAUGCUUAUGCUUUUCGUGGUCAGGUCCACAAUGUCGAUGAAAACGAAAUCGAUCUAAAGGCAACGUUCGAUCCGGAGGUGUUCUUCAAUAUCAUCCUACCACCAAUCAUAUUUUACGCGGGUUACAGCUUGAAAAAGAAAUAUUUCUUCCGAAAUCUAGGGGCCAUUCUCACUUUUGCCAUUGUUGGCACCACAUUGUCGGCCUUCCUGAUCGGGGGCUUCAUGUACGGCUGUGUGAAACUGAUGCAAAAUUACUUGAGCAGCAGUUUAUCAUUUCUGGACACUCUUUACUUUGGAGCCCUCAUAUCUCCCACAGAUCCGCUCACCAUUCUAGCCAUAUUCAAUGACCUGCGGGUCGAUGUAAACCUAUAUGCGCUUGUCUUGGGCGAAUCUGUGCUCAACGAUGCCGUGGCCAUAGUCCUUAGCGGAGCCAUUCAAAACUAUGGUGAACAUUAUUCCAAUACAGGGGAAUUCGAAAGUACAGCUUUUCUGCGCUCUCUGAGUGACUUCUUUUCCAUCUUUUUCCUGUCCCUGAUGAUUGGUGCCGCCAUGGGCUGCUUGACAGCAUUGAUAUCCAAGUUUACGCGGGUGCGCGACUUUCCCCUUUUAGAGUCGGCGCUCUUCGUGUUGAUGAGCUACAGCACGUUCUUGCUGGCAGAGGCUACAGAGCUGACUGGAGUGGUGGCCGUGCUCUUUUGCGGCAUCUGCCAGGCCCACUACACAUACAACAACCUCUCGGAGGAUUCGCGGCAAAGGACCAAACAGAUCUUCGAGCUGCUCAACUUUCUGGCCGAGAACUUUAUCUUCUCUUAUAUUGGAGUGUCGAUGUUUACCUUUCCCAAGCAUCAUUUUGAAGCAGGAUUCAUCAUAACAGCAUUCAUUUGCGCCGCUAUAGGACGCGCUGUAAAUGUGUACCCCCUGUCCUGGUUACUAAACAUUAAGCGAAAGCCCAAGAUCUCAGCAAACUUUCAACACAUGCUGUUCUUCGCAGGACUACGUGGCGCCAUGUCCUUUGCGUUGGCUAUUCGCAAUACCGUGUCGGAUGCUCGGCAGGCCAUGCUGACCGCCACAUCGCUGAUUGUCAUCUUUACGGUUGUAAUCCAGGGUGGAGCAGCUAAUUUUCUGCUCAAUUGGUUAAAAAUACCUGUUGGCGUUGACGAUGAGACUGAACAAUUAAAUAAUUACCAGGUGCACAGUGUUUACAAUUCAAUGGACAAUGCACACCCGCAGACGUCUGAUGGCUACUUGCAGGAUGUGGAGGGCGGCGGAGUAGGUCGCGGCAAAAUGCGGUUGUCUGGUGGAACGGAGUCCAACCUGGACACACCAGCGGACGGGCCCAAUGGCAGCUUCGGCGGCUCAAGCGGUGGACGCCGUCGCAACAGUCAUGAGAAGGCUAUUCUGGCUAGGAUCUGGGGGAGCUUUGAUACCAAGUACAUGAAGCCUUUGCUGACGCACUCUCGACCCACUCUGCUGGAGACGCUGCCCGUUUGCUGCAAUCCUAUUGCCAGGCUGCUCACCACCACGCAGCAACUAACCCAGGAUGGGAGCGAGUUCAGGCGCGUGGACUCGGACUCGGAUAUCUGCAUAGACAACGAUACCGGGAACGGUCUCGGCCAAGACGUCGGACCCGAAUCGGGAACGGGCGUGGGGCGGCGAAACUCACUCAGUCGCGUAAGAGGAGAGCGUCUAAAUAUUAACAUUUAAGUUACAUUCGCUUUUAAUUUUUUUUUUAAUUAUUUAAUUGGUCUCAUUUAAAAUGAAUUAUGUGAAAACUGUACAAAUUAGAUUAUUACAUCUCAGUUUCUCCUUGUUUACGAUAUGUGAUUCGGAACUCUAGUUAUAAAUAUAAAUUAAAUAUCAAGCUUAUCAGUUAAUUUACAAAUUGUUGUGCAACGUAAUAAAUCGUUAAGGGCACCAACUAAAAAGGCUACCUAUCAUUGAGCUGACACACACCAAUACAAUACCUUAAAACACGACAAAAUACAUGCAUAUAUGUCUUGUUUGAAUAUUUUAUUUUUAACUUUUUGCCAUUUAUUAAUUUUUGCCAAAAUAUAUAAAUAUAAUAUAUACAUUAUUUGUAAUUGAAUAGACUAGUGAAAAUUAAUAUGAAUACUUAUAAAGACAUAUUUCCUUUCUCUUAUUUAUUUUACAUCGCAAAAUAUGCAAAUAUUUUAAUAAUAUACGCCUCAACCCAAAAAACAAAAUUUGUAUCCAGAUGGAGAUUCUGGAGCAUGUUCAAAGUCCAGUGUCGACGAGAAUCAGACUCUUAGGAUUUUAUGGAAAAAAGUUAUAAAAGGAGAGGCAAAAGUAAUCAUAAAUAAUUUUUGAUGUAUUUUACACAACAUAAACUUUUAGCUUUUUCGUUGACAAAGUUAGUGUAAAUAUAUCGUUUUGAAAACUGAAGUAAAUUUAUUCGAGUUAAUUUAUAAAUGCCGAUCGUUUGCUGAUAUAUUUAUUUGUUCCGAUAUAAGCUAAGACACAAUUUCUUACUACAUAAACACGCUGUAUUUAUAACAAAGCGAAGCUCUCUGAAAAUAUGUAUUGUUGUGCUGUUAAUUUUUAAGUCUAAAGAACAAAAAAUAAAUUUAAAAAAAAAAUAAUAAAGUUUGAUUUCGAGAACAAGUGCAAUCA